AUGCAGGACGAUUUUCAAUUUAAUAUAGAGUUCUGCGAAGAAGUGCAACAGUAUGCAAGUUUAUACGAUUAUAAACGAUCGGAUUAUUGCAACAGAAGUGUGCAAGACCAGGCAUGGGAAAAAAUAGCUAAAAAAUUCAGUGCAAAUGUGACCGAGUGCAAAGACCGACGGAAAAACCUAAGAGGCAGCUAUUCAAAAUAUAAGGCAAAACUAAAAACAAAAUCAGGACAGGGAGCUAAACGAGUUAAAGAAUAG